AUGGGGUGCAACCAGAGCAAGGGCGUGCACGAGUUGCGGGCGAAGAGCGGGAGCGGCGUGAACGAGCAGGGGCAGUCUCGAGAAGGAAACGCAAACAACUCAGACGAACUGGCAAUCAACCCAGGAAUGUACGUACGAAAGAAAGAGGGAAAGAUAGGAGAGUCAUAUUUUAAAAUAAGGAAGUUGGGAAGUGGAGCCUACGGGGAGGUACUCCUAUGUAGAGAGAAAAAUGGGCACACAGAAAAGGCAAUCAAGGUGAUCAAAAAAUCCCAAUUUGACAAAACACGCUACUCAGAAUGUAGAAAUAGAAGUAGCGAAAAUGAAGAAAGUUUUAAUGAAGAUAUAUACAAUGAGAUAUCUCUCCUGAAAUCUUUAGACCAUCCAAACAUAAUCAAGCUGUUUGAUGUGUUUGAGGAUAAGAAGUAUUUUUACCUGGUGACAGAAUUCUACGAAGGAGGAGAGUUAUUUGAGCAAAUCAUCAACAGACAUAAAUUUGAUGAGUGUGAUGCUGCCAAUAUUAUGAAGCAGAUCCUCAGUGGCAUUUGCUACCUUCAUAAGCAUAACAUUGUCCAUAGGGAUAUCAAGCCAGAGAAUAUUCUCCUUGAAAAUAAAAAUAGCCUACUUAACAUCAAAAUUGUAGAUUUUGGCUUGUCCUCUUUCUUCUCUAAGGAUUAUAAACUGAGAGAUCGCCUUGGAACUGCAUAUUAUAUCGCCCCGGAAGUGUUAAAAAAGAAAUAUAAUGAAAAAUGUGAUGUGUGGUCAUGUGGGGUGAUCAUGUAUAUCCUCCUUUGUGGCUACCCCCCUUUUGGGGGACAGAACGAUCAGGAUAUUAUUAAGAAAGUGGAAAAAGGGAAAUACUAUUUUGACUUUAACGACUGGAAAAAUAUAAGUGAUGAAGCUAAGGAUCUUAUAAAGCUCAUGUUGACGUACGAUUUUAAUAAAAGGAUAACUGCCAAGGAGGCUCUAAAUAGCAAGUGGAUUUUAAAAUACGCUGAUAAUAUAAAUAAGAAUGACCAGAACACUUUGUUCGGGGCGCUCUCUAACAUGAGGAAGUUCGAGGGGAGUCAGAAGCUCGCGCAGGCGGCCAUUCUGUUCAUCGGCAGCAAGCUCACCACUCUGGAGGAGCGCAAGGAGCUCACGGACAUUUUCAAGAAGCUCGACAAGAACGGCGACGGCCAGCUGGACAAGCGCGAGCUCGUCGAGGGCUACAACAUCCUCCGCAGUUUCAAGAACGAGCUGGGCGAACUGAAAAACGUCGAGGAGGAGGUUGACAACAUCCUCAAGGAGGUGGACUUUGACAAAAACGGAUACAUCGAGUACUCAGAGUUCAUCUCCGUCUGCAUGGACAAGCAGAUUUUGUUCAGCGAGGAGCGGCUGCGGGACGCCUUCAACCUGUUCGACACGGACAAGAGUGGCAAGAUCACCAAGGAGGAGCUGGCCAACCUGUUCGGCCUGACCUCCAUAAGCGAGAAGAUGUGGAACGACGUCCUCGGGGAGGCGGACAAGAAUAAAGACAGCAUGAUCGACUUCGAAGAAUUCGUGUCAAUGAUGCACAAAAUCUGCGACCACAAGACGCCCUGA